CUGUGUCUCACUAUUCCCCGCUACUCCACUCUACCCCUCGCUAUUCCCUGACGCCGAUCUCCGAUCUAUGACGUAGAUCCUGCUCGCCGAAAACCCCAAGACAUGCUGCUCAGUACUGCUACUAUGAACAUCCAGUCAUUUUUCAGGGAAUGUGGACGCAGGGUCCCGUUUCUGUUUAACGAGGUGCCAAUUGCCGUCAGCAACGAAGUUUUUGAGGGCCAGAUUCUCCUGCGACUCCGCGGAUAUACGCGAGAAUCAUCAGCAUACUUGAGGAGGAGCAGUGAUAACUGCUCACUGAUGAUAAGCGGCCGGUUCAAGGCUGGAGCUGAGAACUUGACGGCCGACGAUCUUAUGUUUGGUAAUGUUUUUGACUACCACGUGCUCGACGAUCUGCCCUUUGGUUGGCAGGUAAUGAUGCGGGGUUUGCGCUUUGUCGAUCCAUCCCUGGAAUAUGAUUUUCAUUGCGAAAGACCAUACGCUUUAUCGCCGCUGUAUGCGACAAUGACGAAAAUGCGAUUCUCUAAGAAUCAAGCGUUCCCACUGGAAUACUUUGAAGCUACGGCUGAAGACAAGAAGCGUCGACACGAUAUGCAGGACGUCAACAAACGCCGCCAAGUGCGCUUGCAACCCGGGACGUUUUUCAUUGCUGACUUCUGCAAUGCAAUCAUUGAUCCUAAGAGCCUGACUGUCGUCUUGCCCCUCGUACACGUGCACAUAUCCAUUCAACGGUUUUACCGAAACCAUCCUCUCGUUUAUGUAUGUAAGCGAAGGAACGGCGACGACCUUUUCGCUGUCGAAAUGGAACUGUUCGAAUCGAGAGACAACGACGACGACGACGACGACAACAGGGAUUCGGACAGGGACAACGACAGAGAUAGAGAUAGAGACCGUUAUCUGGAGCAACCACACUCUGUUCAAAAUUCCUUUGGUGUUCAAAACGAGUUGGAUUAGGAUUGAGUGUGUGCUAACCGUAGAACAAUUGCUGCCGUGUCGCACGCAUUCUCUCUCACGCCCUCCUAGUAACGACGCUUACGUUGCACCAUAGUGAACCCGUCGUCAUCAACGACAGGAUCCUGUUGCUGCUGCGACUGCUCCUGUGCAUCUGGUGCCUCCACGAGUUCAGGUGUUGCCUCAGCAUUGGCUGUCUCGGACGAUCCGGCGCCUGCACCUCCUUCACUUUCCAUUUUCUCCAGCAACUUCUUGCCAACGGUUUCGUGCAACUUACGAAUGGGCUCAAAGUCGUCCUCUUGCGACGACUUCCACAGCGAAACAAGGUCGGUAGCCAACUACAAUUUGAUUAGCGUUGGUCGGGCCACGUGCAAACCCCCGCGGGCGUAGUAGCUCCAUCCCUCGGGGCAUGCAGAUCAUUACGUACCUCAUAAGCCGAGUCAUCCUCGACAUCAGCACUAAACUCGUCGGUGAGGAUCUGCAGGAUGAUCUCCUCAACGUCGUCGGCCUCAACGUCUGGGUUGGCGGUGAUGAAGUCGAAAACGGCUCCAGCCAUCCAAUCUCGCUUGUCAGCGGACUCGACGCCGCCCCAUUCCUCCUCAACGGCCUGUUUCAUCACAGGCCACGAGUGGAAGACCAGUCCAACCGCGUACUCGAAGUAUGCAACCUUUUUUUCAGGAUCGUCAAACAUGGCUGAAGGACGGGGUGGAAGAGAGGAACUGAGAUGCAGUGAGCGUUAGCGAGGGAAGGUGGGGCAAGUGGGGGAGGGCAGUGAGUGGGGCAGAAAGUGGGGGCUAAGAAGCUCUAGCGCGCUCCACCGCAUUCUGAAGGUCUCCCUCAUCUACUCUCGCUAACGCUCACUGCA